GGAGAGCUGCAGACCAGCAGCAGAAGGACAUUUAGAAGACAAAAAACAUCAUGUCAGACCAGCAGCCAGCUCCAGCCGUGUGUCCCGGCUGUCAGAACGAAGACUCUCUGCUUCUGCCGUGCGGACACCGCCUGUGCUCGUCCUGCCUGGAGUUGUGCCAGAGUGAGUUUGGGCAGGACAGGCCAGGCUGUACGGAGUGUUAUGGCCGUGAGCUGCUGGACAGCGUGUUGAAGGGGCUUCUGGACUCGCUGUUUGAAGGGCAGCGGCGGCGGGUGGAGGCUGGAGAAGCAGCGGUGGAGGAGGAUGGAGAUCUGUGUUCACGGCACAGAGAGAGACUCAGUCUGUUCUGCGUGGAGGACGAGGAGCUGAUCUGUGGUCAGUGUCAGGCUGAAGAGCAUGAAGAGCACGAGUGCAACUCUGUUGAAGAGGCCACACAAGAGUGUAAGAGGGAGCUGAGAGAAGCUCUUGGACCCCUGCAGGAGAAACUGGAGACCUUAAACUCAGCCAAGAAAAGCUGCCAGGAAACUUCACUGCACAUCAGGAGACAGGCCCAGAACACAGCGCGUCUGAUAAAGGAGAACUUCGAGAAGCUCCAUCAGUUCCUGCAUGACGAGGAGACAUCCGUACUGAGAGCUCUGAGUGAGGAAGAGGAGCGGAAGAGCCAGAAGAUGAAGGAGCAGAUGGACAGGCUGACUGAUGAGAUCACGACGCUCAGAGAAACCGUCUCUUCAGCAGAGGAGGCCAUGAGCGCUGAGGACAAGCCAUUUCUCAAGAACUACAAGAGGACUUCUCAACGGAUGGACUGUACAGUUCAGGAUCCAGUGGAAAUCUCAGAGUCUUUGAUAGAUGUGGCCAAACACCUCGGCUCGCUCAAGUUCAGAGUAUGGGAGAAAAUGCAGAGCGCAGUCACUUACACUCCAGUGAUCCUGGACCCAAACACGGCUGAUGUGUGUGUGUCUCUGUCCGACGACCUCACCACCAUCCGCUACAGUGAAGAAGAGCAGCUCCUGCCUGAAAACCCAGAGCGCUUCAGCUUCUACGAGUGCGUGCUGGGCUCCGAGGGCUUGGUCUCAGGCCGGCACAGCUGGGACGUGGAGGUAGGAGACUGCAGCGAAUGGGCUUUAGGGGUGGUCAAAGAGAGCGUCCAGCGGAAAGAGUGGUUUCCUCCGAGUCCUGAGCGCGGUAUGUGGACCAUUGGGCUGUACGGAGGAGAGUAUCGUGCCCGGAUGCCCACCAGCGCUCCUCUCAAACUCAAAAAGAAGCCACAGAAGAUCCGCGUGCAGCUGGACUGUGAAGCUGGCAGAGUCACGUUCUCCGACGCCGCUGAUAACUCAAUUAUAUAUAAGUAUAAGAAUAAGUUUACUGAGAAGAUGUUUCCGUAUUUCUCCAACACUUGUAAAAGGCAUCCAAUGCAUAUUUUAGCAGAGAAGGUGUCUGUGUACACGGAGUAAUGAGAGAGAACUUAGUGACAGAUACUAGCGUAUUUAAAGAAAUAAUUAGUUAACUUCUCUACUUAAUCUAGUUAAGCCUUUAAAUGUCACUUUAAGCUGAAAACUAGUAUCUUGUAAAAUAUUAUGUACUCUCAUCAUGGCAAAGACAAAACCAAUUAGAUGCUACUGUUUUCAUUCAUUCAUUUUCUUUUCGGCUAAGUCACUUUAUUAAUCUGGGGUCGCCACAGCGGAAUGAACCGCCAACUUAUCGAGCAUGUGUUUUACGUAGCGGAUGCUCUUUCAGUUGCAACCCAUCUCUGGGAAACAACUACUGUUUUUAAGGAAAUAAUUACAUAACUUGCCUAAUUACCCUGGUUAACUUGCCUAAUUAAACUGGUUAAGCCUUUAAUUGCACUGAAUAUUAGUAUCUUAGGCUAUAGAGGUGUAACGGAUCACAAAUCUCAUGGUUCGGAUCAUAUUAUGGUUUUUUAGUCACGGAUCGGACCAUUUUUUUUGGAUCAGCCAAAAAAGGGAGGAGACAAAUGUAAUUUGCUUUCUGUUAAUUACAAAAACAGUACUGCAAGACACUUUGGGUUUUAACUAACAGAACUUAGAACCUGUAAUUUCACAAAAUAAAUGUCACUUUAAACUGAAUACCAGUAUCUUGCAAAACAACUAGUAAAAUAUUAUGUACUGUCAUCAUGGCUAAGACAACAGAAAUUGGUUAGAUGCUACUGUUUUUAAAGAAAUAAUUAGAAAACUUGCCUAAUUACCCUGGUUAAGCCUUUAAAUUGCACUCAGUAUUAUGUUAUUAGUAAAUGACUAGUGAAAUAUUAUGUACUGUCAUCAUAGCAAAGACAAAAGACAUUAGUUAUUAGAAAAUACUUAUUAAAACUAUUGUUAAACCUUAGAAACUUUUGUUUUAGAGCAAUGUGGGGGUCGGGACCCCCCGAGGGGCUUCGGUACAAUAAAGGGCGUUUGCUUGAUGUAUAAAAAUCAAAUACAUUUUUGAAACCAUUAUAAUUACCAUAUUUAUCCGUAACCUACUAAAGAUGAAAAUAGUAGUUUAUGGUUACAGCCUAACGUGUUGUUUUUUUUUCUACUUGAUUGCGACCCUUGGGGUGAUUACAUUAUAUUUAAGACAGCAAUGGCGUCAGAUGCAGCAGACUGAUUUUACGCAAUCAGGUUAAACUUAUUGAUACUUUUACAGCACUCGCAUACAUUAAAAAUAAUUAAACGAAGAAUAGACUUAGGCCUAUUGGUGUGUGUGUGUGCCAUUGCAUGCAAGGUUUCUAUAUUUAUAAGCAGCUCAGAGAAUAUCAGGGGUCGCGAGUCACUGGCAUUGUUAUUUUGGGAAUCGCGGGCUGAAUCGUUUGGGAACCCCUGUUUAAGAGGACGUGAUUAGUUAACUAGUUAAGCCUUUAAUUUUGCACUUUACGCUGAAUUCUAGUAUUUUGAAAGGUAGCUAGUGAAAUAUUAUGUGCUGUCAUCAUGGACAACAGAAAUGAGUUCUAUAAUACAGUUUUUAAGGAAAUAGUUUAGUUUUGUUCCACCAGGAUGCAUUAUGAUGAGCUGACACAACUUGCAUUUAUAAUGUUGAAAAGAUUUUUGUGUUGGUAUUUCCCACCACCAAUGUUUGACUGUGAGGCCAGUAGUUAUGUUCUCAGAUGCUGCUGAUAACUUAAUUAUAUGUUUAAGACCUCAUUAAAUGAUAUGUUUACUUUAA